AUGCACUCAUUCCUCAUCCUGUCAAUUUUUAAUGCGGCUGCCCAGGCAUGGAAUACACCGUGCGCGGAGGUCUCAUCAUCAUGGGCGGCACAAGCCACUGCAGCUUUCACGCGAACCCGCCGAGCUCAAGUCCCAGCUCAACUUGCAUUCGAAUGUCUCAUGUCAGUGCCGGUCGACAUAGAAGGUGACAUCAAACAAAUUGAAGAGCCGAAACAUUUCUUGGAAUUUCAAUCUACACUCAACUGCCUAAAUACUGGUCACUACAUCAAUAUCGAAAGUGCUAUUCACAACAAGCCUCUCAAUCUACUAGCCGAGCUCGAUUACACUGCGCAAUCGAUUAAAGACCGGGCAUACCAUAGCGACUUCGAAGUACAGCUUGCCCUACACUCCUUAUUCCGGCGUGCCAAAGACUCUCAUCUGCGGAUCUUCCCAGAUAUGCUCGAAGUUUUCUUAUUUGUCCGGCCUGAGACGAAGCUCGUCUCAAUUUCAGAAGAUGGCCUGGAUUUGCCUCGGCUAUAUCUACUCUCAGACCUACAUCUUGCAAGCGCCUCAGGCAAUUUUGUGCCAUCAUGCGUUGAGACUAUCAAUGGCAAAAAUGCUACCGAAUAUCUGCAAAGCUUAUGGACUCACGGUACCUACCACGACGAAGAUGCGCAGUAUAACAGCUUUUUCCCCAACCCUGCUGCUGAGGUGGUGGGGAUGGAUAGUGGUGGACAGUUUCACCUCACGCAAGGUCUGUACGAUGGACCAGUCACAACGUUUGGAUUCAUGAACGGCUCGAGGGUAGUGAAUGAGAACAUUGCCAUGAUUCGCGAGUUUUACAACUUCUCCAACAUCAAUGACGGCUCCUCCUUCUUUGCAAAAUUUUGUCAGGGAGACACGAAUGAGGUUGAAGCCAAUUCCCCGACUCAGACGUCGGCAGAAUCGAUCGAACCCAUCUUCUUACGUUCAGACACUUACAUGCUGCCCGAAGAAUAUCCAGAACCCGUUAUUACUCAAAGUGGGCUCUCAGUCCAAGGUUAUCAACUCGAAUCUCGUCGACAUUAUGACGUUGCUGUCCUCGCUCUUCCAAAUUUCAAACCGAUUGCGGAACCCAGACAAGACACGGAUGAAACGGUCGCGGGAUUCCUCGAAGCCCAAGCAGUUCUCCAGGAUUUCAUAAUGCAAUCGAAACAGAAAGGAUUGAAAAAGCUUAUUAUCGAUCUUCGCGGCAAUAGCGGCGGAACCAUUGACAUGGCAUUUGAGUUCUUCAAGCAACUAUUCCCAAGUGUGGAACCGUUUGGGGCAUCUAGGUUUCGGGCUCAUGAUGCUUUUUAUAUGUACAGCAAGUCAGUAGCGGAUCUAAUCGAAAGCGAUACAGCCAUGGUGAUGAACGACGGGUUGUUUAGUGAAGUGGCAAGGAGCACCGCGAACUUCCAAAAUCUUCUGAACAUUGAAGGGAUGCCAUUCGCAAAUUUCACUACAUAUUACGGACCAUACAGAGAAGACGGUGAUGCUUUCACCGCCAUCAGACGAUACAACUUCUCGAAUCAUUUGGGAGGACACACAUUAGCGCCAUAUGUCAAUAUUACCGGCUACAAUUUCGCCCUGCUCGCAUCACCCACUCAACCAUUUCUACCUGAGAACAUGGUUAUACUACAUGAUGGAAUCUGCCAAUCUGCUUGCGCUAUAUUUUCGCAGCUUAUGAGAGAGCAGGGCCACGUUCAGACAAUAGCUAUUGGCGGCCGGCCUCGGAAGGAGCCAAUGCAAGGCGUAGGCGGGACCAAAGGCGCGCAGCUAUUAACGUUUGACUCUAUCAUUAAACACAUGCAAACAACUCUGCGCAUCACCUCAGUCUUACACGGUAAGGACGGGGAACGAAGGCUCCUGCAGACGACGCCCGUUGGAAGCCUGCUGAAUGCUUCUCAGAUACGCCUCCGUUCCGCGCGGUUCAGUGGAGAUGGGCACGCCAAUGGAGCAGUCAACUCACUUGAUAAUAUGGGACGAGUAGAUGAUAAGCUCGUCCCUCUAGAGUUCGUAUAUGAGGCAGCCGAUUGUCGCUUAUUUUACACGGCCAAAUCGUAUAUUAACCCCACACGGCUGUGGGAAAUGGCAGCGGAUGCUAAAUGGGGCGAUUCGAGCUGUGUUGAAGGGAGUAUGAGCCAUGCGACGGCCAUUGGAUCCAUGCGUGGGGAGCCUUUCAAUACAAGCGAAAAUCUGAAAUUCAUAGGGUUUUUCCGCUUUUCAAUCACGUGUAUGAUAGUGUUUACAUUCAUUGUCGGGGCAUUUCACUCCCUACGGAAAUCUCCAUCUGUUCCAGAGGAUGAUUGUAAGGGUUACCAUCAAAUCAAUAGCGCCGAUUUGGACUUUUGA